AUGCAAGUGGACAACACAUCCUCUACAGACUUCACUUUCAUGGGGCUGUUCAACAGAAAGGACAUCUCAGUCCUUCUGCUUGUCAUCAUUUCUAUCAUCUUUUUCACUGCGCUGAUGGCCAAUGGGGUCAUGAUCUUCCUGAUCCGCACUGACUCAUGUCUCCACACUCCCAUGUACUUCCUGCUCAGUCACCUCUCCUUCAUUGACAUGAUGUACAUCUCUACCAUUGUGCCAAAGAUGCUGGUUGACUACCUGUUCGGUCAAAGCACUAUCUCCUUUUUGGGAUGCACAGCUCAACAUUUCCUCUACCUCACCCUUGUGGGAGCUGAGUUCUUCCUACUGGGCCUCAUGGUCUAUGACCGCUAUAUGGCCAUCUGCAAUCCCCUCUGCUAUCCUGUCCUCAUGAGCCGACGGGUCUGCUGGAUGGUCAUAGCAGGUUCCUGGUUUAGGGGUUCUUUGGAUGGCUUUCUCCUAACUCCCAUAACCAUGAGCUUCCCCUUCUGCAAUUCCUGGGAGAUUACCCAUUUCUUCUGUGAGGCACCUGCAGUCCUGAAGUUGGCAUGUGCAGACACGCUCUAUGAGACAGUGAUGUACGUGUGCUGUGUUUUGAUGCUGCUGAUUCCUUUCUCUGUGGUGAUUGCCUCUUGUGCCCAAAUCCUGACCACAGUUCACCACAUGAGCUCAGGGGAAGGGAGGAAGAAAGCAUUUGCCACCUGCUCAUCUCACAUGAUAGUGGUUACCUUGUUCUAUGGGGCUGCCAUGUACACCUACAUGCUGCCACAUUCUUACCACAGGCCAGACCAGGACAAAGUCUUCUCUGUGUUCUACACCAUCCUCACACCCAUGCUAAACCCCCUCAUCUAUAGUCUGAGGAACAAGGAUGUGACCGGAGCUCUGAAGACGGCACUGGGGAGAAUCAAGGGUACACAAAGAGCGUCAGGGGAUGCCUUUUGA